AUCAUCUGACUUGAGUUAACAAACCCCAACUGGGUUUCAAAGUGUGGGAGAGAGAAAAAGUUUCUUUUCCCCUCCCCCUUGGGUUCCCCCCCCCUGUUCAUUUUUAACUUUCCUCUACUAGCAGCGGUGGUGGGCGAAAAAAAUCUCCUCCCCUUGCUGCGUUCCUUAAUUUUCCCCCGUGCGUGUGCGUCUGUUGAUGUCCUACGUUGGGGUGAUGGAUGGCAGGAGGGCAGAAACACCGCGGCGGCAGCAGCAGAAGCUCCCAGCACUUUUUUGAACACUCUCUCUCCCCUUUCCCGGACGAUCCUCAAUGAAUCUUCGAAAAGGAGGAAGGGAAACCCUGGGCUCCAGCUGGGAUUUUUGGUAGCAGCAGCACCACCACCACCAGCAGCUCCUGCUUUUCAAGAAGUGGGGGGAGCGACGCACAAAAGGGAAGGACGGCAAGCGAUAAUCACCCCCCGCUCCCAUACCCCUGAAGCGGACGAUGGGGCGCUGGAUUCGCAGCCCUCUUCUGGAGCCGGAGCAGCCGCUGGCCCUGUGAAAAAACUUCUCUUGUGGGACUGGGAAGCUGGAAUAUGUAUGUCUAAGAUGGAAACAUCCACCUCAACUGCUGCUGGGAAAAAAGAAGGGAAAAAUGCUCUUCUGGAAGGUAAUGGCUUUAAUGAAACAGGGAAGAAAACAGCUUCUUUAGCAGCAGCAGCGGCGACAGCAGCAGCAGCAGUGACACAAGGAGUUCCGCAGCAUAUUUUUCCAGCCUUCCAUGCUCCUUUGCCAAUUGACAUGCGUCACCAGGAAGGAAGAUACCAUUAUGAACCUCACUCCAUCCAUGCUAUUCAUGGACCUCCUACUCUGAGUGGUAGCCCUGUUAUCUCCGACAUUUCCCUCAUCCGUCUUUCUCCACAUCCUGCGGGGCCUGCAGAAUCGCCUUUCAGCCACCCUCAUACAUACAUGAACCCCCAUAUGGAACACUACCUCCGAUCCAUGCACAGCAGCCCAACCCUCUCCAUGAUCUCAGCUGCUCGAGGCCUCAGCCCAGCUGAUGUGGCUCAUGAGCACCUGAAAGAAAGGGGUCUCUUUGGCCUGCCUCCUCCUCCUUCAGGAGCCAACCCUGCGGACUACUAUCACCAGAUGACGCUCAUGGCCAGCCAUCCAAAUCCUUACGGGGACCUCCUCAUGCAGAGUGGGGGAGCAGCCAGUGCGACACACCUUCACGAUUACCUCAGCCCUGUAGAUGCGUCCAGAUUCUCCAGUCCAAGACUGACUCCAAGAUUAAGCCGAAAGCGAGCACUCUCUAUAUCCCCGUUGUCCGAUGCCAGCAUUGAUCUUCAGACAAUGAUCCGGACCUCACCAAAUUCGUUGGUGGCUUAUAUAAAUAACUCCAGGAGUAGUUCUGCAGCAAGCGGCUCUUAUGGGCACUUAUCAGCAGGGGCAAUAAGUCCAGCGUUCACCUUCCCUCAUCCAAUCAACCCAGUGACAUACCAACAGAUUUUGAAUCAGCAGAGAAGCUUGAGCUCAGCAUUUGGACAUACUCCUCCCUUCAUCCAGCCAUCGCCGACAUUCCCUGCACGGCAGCAUGUGGCUGUCAUCUCCGUCAAUUCCAGUCCCGCUCAGAUCAGCAGCAAUUGUAUCUCUGAUUCUAACCAGAGCAAACAGAGCAGUGAGUCUGCCGUUAGCAGCACUGUCAACCCCGUAAUUAAUAAACGCAGUAAAGUCAAGACUGAAAUGGAGACUCUACCACCAGCUUCCCCACCCACUCAGGAGCAUCUGACAGACUUGAAAGAGGAACUUGAUAAGGACGAAUGCAAACAGGAGCCUGAAGUUAUUUAUGAGACCAACUGUCACUGGGAAGGCUGUGCAAAGGAGUACGACACUCAAGAGCAGCUUGUGCACCACAUCAAUAAUGAUCACAUUCACGGGGAGAAGAAGGAGUUUGUCUGUCGUUGGCAAGAGUGUACACGGGAACAGAAGCCAUUCAAAGCACAGUACAUGCUGGUAGUGCAUAUGCGAAGACACACUGGAGAAAAGCCACACAAGUGCACGUUUGAGGGUUGCUCCAAAGCCUAUUCGCGCCUAGAGAACUUAAAGACACACCUGAGGUCUCACACCGGUGAAAAACCUUACGUCUGUGAACAUGAAGGCUGCAAUAAAGCCUUUUCUAAUGCUUCUGAUCGAGCAAAACACCAGAACAGGACGCAUUCCAAUGAGAAACCCUACAUCUGUAAAAUUCCGGGCUGCACAAAGAGGUACACAGACCCCAGUUCCCUCAGGAAACAUGUGAAGACUGUGCACGGGCCAGAGGCCCACGUCACCAAGAAACAACGCAAUGACGUGCACCUGAGACCACCUGCGCUAAAGGAAAACAGUGACAAUGAAGCAAGUGCCAAGCAGAGUGGAAAGGCUACCAGAGAGUGGGCUGAGGCAAACAGCACCACCAGAGUCACUGAGGACUGUUUACAAGUCAAAAUGAUAAAGACAGAGAAUUCUGUGAUGUAUCAGUCCAGUCCUGGUGGCCAAUCAUCAUGCAGCAGUGAACCAUCACCACUUGGGAGCACCAACAACAAUGACAGUGGAGUAGAAAUGAACAUGCACAGUGGAGGAAGUCUGGGGGACCUAACCGCAUUGGAGGAUGGCACUCCUGUUGUGGACUCGACAGUCUCAUCUGGCAAUUCGACCGUCAGUCUGCAGCUAAGGAAACAAAUGACAACAAUGCAACGCCUUGAGCAGCUCAAGAAAGAGAAACUCAGGACAGUGAAAGAUUCUUGCUCGUGGGUGAAUCCAGCCCCACAAGUCAGAAAUAGCAAGCUGCCUUCCAUUCCAGGCAAUGGCUGUCUACUGGACAACAUGGGUGGUUCCUCUGCAGCGCUGCCUAAUCCAAGGAUAACAGAGCUGUCCAUCAGUGAGGUUACAAUGCUGAACCAACUAGCAGAACGCCGUGACAGCUCAACCAGCACCAUCAGCUCUGCCUACACCGUCAGCCGCAGGUCAUCAGGGAUAUCCCCUUACUUCUCCAGCCGCCGUUCCAGCGAAGCAUCGCAAUUUGGAAACCGCCCAAAUAACACAAGCUCUGCUGACUCCUACGACCCAAUUUCCACAGAUGCAUCUCGCAGAUCGAGUGAUGCCAGCCAGUGUAGCGGAAUCCCAGGUCUUCUGAACCUCACACCAGUGCAGCAGUACAGGCUGAAAGCCAAAUAUGCUGCUGCCACAGGUGGCCCUCCACCUACUCCACUGCCUAACAUGGAAAGAAUGACUCUGAGGAACAAAAUGUCCCUUCUUAAUGGGUCAGAGCCUCCUUUGCCUUCAUUCUGCCUUCCUUCUGGGCCACGGCGAUGCAGCGACAGUAGCGCGUAUGGGUAUGGGGCAUCGCCUGCAUUCUCUCAUGAAGUGCCAGGCAACAACGCAAGACGCGCAAGUGAUCCAGUGAGGAGAUCUGCUGGAGACCCAGCUUCUCUCCCUAGAAUCCACCGUUUCAACAGCACCAACAGUAUGAAUCCCCUUUACCCUCCUGCAGAUAGAAGGAACUUCAACCUUCCAAACUUUACACGUUCAGAUGGAAGCCUCACCAGGCAUGUGUAUUCCCCACGCCCUCCAAGUAUUAGUGAGAAUAUUGCCAUGGAAGCAAUGUCUGGUGAAGUCGAUGGUUCUGUUGGAGAUGACGACAUUGUGCUACCUGAUGAUGUAGUGCAAUAUAUCAGAUCGCAAAACAAUGGGAUGGCUGCAGAUAACUCUUCCAUGGGGUAUGGUAACGAAGCACCAAACUUCCAAGUGAAUACAAAAGUACAACAUAACAAUGCAGUAAGCCAACGCAGGAUGGCUGUCCCAGAUGUAAGUAUGAAUCGUACAGCUCCAGUGAUGAGCGGAUGCCACAUGAACUUUGGGGCUAAUUCCGAUUUAAGUAAGAACAACAUGCCUGUCCAGUGGAAUGAAGUUAGCUCAGGUACUGUGGACAUAUCCUCUGCUCAAGCAAAGCAGCAAUUCCCUCCGCGGAACUUAGCUGUAGUCCAUCAAAAGCAGAACUUUGGCCAGUAUCAGAACUUUAGCCAUCAGCAGACACAGAUGGGUCAAAACAAUGUGAAUGUGACCCUGCAACAGUUGGCGCAGAAGAAUGUGAGCAUGGAUGGGCAAAGGUUAAACUGCAUGCACUUAAGGCAGCAACAGGUGAAUCCAGGUCCUAGUAACAAUCCAGAUUUGAACUCGCAUGAAGUGUACAAUCAUGUUCAUCAAAUGCUGAGCCCAAAUUCAUUGGGUGGUGAUCUCAGCCAGCUUUCUCCUCCCUGUAACAACAUGCCAAUGAAGCCUGUGUCCCAUGUUUGUCCUCAGCAGAUAGAUUCUAUGGCUGAUCCAACCUCAAUGGUGAACAGUAGCAGAGAAUGCAUGAUACACAAUCAGGUCACACAGGAACCAGGACAUCAGCAGAGCUUUUCAUCUCAGCCAAACCACAUGAACUUUUCCAUGACACAGGAGGUCUUCCAUCAGCCUUCUGCAUUAAUGACCUCAAAUCAGCCAAACUUUGAGCCACAACAGGAUUUAGUAGGUACAGUUGGACAGAGCUUCCCUUCUGGUGUGGUGCAGCCUCAUCCUCCACCUAAUCUCAGUCCUGCAAACAGACACCGAGGGAUACGUGCUAUGCAACAUUUGGGCUACAUGAGAACAUCUCACCCAGCUAAUGAUAUGAGCCCAGGGCAGGAAAGGGUAGAGCUCACCCCCAAGAGACAAACUGGUAUUGCAUCAUUGCAACCCCAGCAAUACAACAAUAGUAUGAGGGGAAACCAUUUGAUGCACUAUUAUGGCCAAAUACACAUGUAUGAACAAAAUGGGAAUUUUAAUAACCAUGCAGACUGUAGUGUAAGGCAGCAACAGUGUGCACUGAACAUCAAGCCAGCCACAAUGCCAUCUCCUGGAGCUAAUCAGGUUUCAAGCACUGUGGACUCGCAUGUUCUGGAGCCUCCUCAGAUAGAUUUCGAUGCCAUUAUGGACGAUGGUGACCAUUCAAGUUUGAUGUCAGGGACCCUGAGCCCAAGCAUCCUCCAGAAUCUCUCCCAGAACUCUUCUCGCCUUGCAACUCCGCGAAACUCUCUGACACUGCCAUCCAUACCAGCUGGAAUUAGUAAUAUGGCAAUAGGGGACAUGAGCUCUAUGUUGACCACCCUGGCAGAAGAGAGUAAAUUUCUUAACAUGAUGUCUUAAUACUUAAAGCACAACUGUCUAGAAGUAUCCAAGAGAUUACAUGCUAAGCAAUUUUAUGCUUUUUUUUAAAAAAAAAACUGUUUCCAUAGAGUAGACUUUUUUUUACAAGUAUUAAAUACAUUAAAGGGAUUCCAAACAAGGAAAAAUGUAUUUGUGCAAACAUGUAUAAACUAUAUAAAAGAAGCACUGAAAGGAUGCACCUCUAGUAUUAUUUUUGUGCUUGUUUUUUAGAGUGAUCAAAGAUGCCACCAUCAUUCCAGAACAUACCUCUGAAGUGUCCCUCUUCAUACAGCAUAGGGCACAUUUGUCAUAAUUUUAAAAAAAUCUGACCAUUGCCCUUUUCCCUUGUCAUUUUUCAGAGUCUCAUAGGUUGCAAUUCUAUGCCCACUUCUCUGGGAGUAAGCAAGUCAACUCAGUUCAACUUACUUCUCAGGAGACACUAUAGGAUUGCACUGGUAGUUUUUCAUUCCUUCAGUCUCAGAAAAUACAUGGGACUUUGCCAGGUGUGGAACACUAGAGAGUUAUGCACAAAAAUACUGAAAUCCGGUUUCAGAUGAAGCUCUCCUUUGAAACAGCAUGUGUUUUGCUAUCUCCUUUUGGUUUUCCCUCAGUUAUCACUGCAAAAUGCAAUUUUUUGCCCUCUUCAGUGACAAAUAGAUGGGUGUUAUUUUGACCCAAACCCAAAAGCCAUACUGUGUAUGCUUUAUGCUUAAUGCUUUGCUUUGUGACCAGAAGGUGCAUGCAUGCACACACAUGCGCACGCACACACACAUACACAGCAUUGUUUAUGCAGCCAAUAUAAAUCUUUGUACCUUGCAGCUUAGCCUAGAAGUAUCAGCUCCUGAACAGUUUUGCAGCAAAGUGCCUUAUUGCGUGUUAGUUGUUGAGUCGUCAAGGCAUCUUUUGUCCAUUAAUGUCAAAUAAAGUGUAUCGCCAGAAGCAUAUAUAAAAUAAAGGUGCAUUUAUGUAAGGCAUUGCAGUCUUGCUAAAAAGAUUUGAGAGGGACACAUUGAUGGGAAGGAGAUGUGAAAGAUGAAUGCCCUUUUUAUAAAAAGAAAAAAACCAGGGUAUUUUCACAAGGUGAUUUAUAUCAAGAAUUUAGUGAAGGUUUGAAAAUGCCACUAAUUUAAACAUAUGUCUGCUCUGGUAAGAGAAAAUUCCCUGCUGUGCAUAACAUAGAAUGAUUCUUUAAAGAAUGCUGAUCACACUCUUCACAUUGGAAUUGAAAGCACAAAGAUGACCACAUCAGAGCUUGUUUAAAUGUGAAAUUAAAAUGUGAUGCUGCAGACAUUUUGUAUAUAUUUUCAUAUCAAAACCCUGGCACAUUUGGGGAACCCUCUGUCUUCCCCCCGCUGCCCCCAUUUCAAGAUACACAAAACUGCUUAGCUACAUGUAUAUAUCCCUGUAUGGCUCAGUGGCUAAAGUGCAGAUUUGGGUGUGGAUGAUCCACUCAGUUAUAACAUUUCCUGGGUGGCCUCAAGGCAGUCACUGUUUCUCAGCUUCUCCCUAUCUUGCAGGAUCAUUGUGAAGCUAAAGUGCUACUUCGAGUUCCUUGGUAAAAUGGCAGGUUAAGUGAACAACUACAAAGGAGAAAUAAUUUAGACCAGGGCUACAUGUGUAUCAACCUUAGCUCACAAAAACAAACUAUGCCAUUGUCCUUUGCAAGACUCAUGGCAAUCGUGCAAUCAGAUGUGUAAAAGGAUUGUUGUCCACCAAGUGGUCAUAUGGUUAUGCAUUUAUCAAAGAGCUGCACAUCACAACAUGGGAGACACACACAUAGCAGUUUCCACGUUGUGAAAGUUUUGGACAUGAGAAAGCAGCCUCAAGUAUUGUGCACUCCAUUCAGUACAAGUAUUUAAUACCAAACAAUCCUUGACGAGCUCACUUCUAUGAACUUUGUGUCAGCUUCAUGCUUAAGGAUUGGGUACCAAUAAAUUGUAUUGGAAUAUAUGUGCAAAGGAUUGGGCUUUUUUAAACACAUUUAUUUCACUGGAGUUUAUUUUUCAUGUCUUAUUUAAAACUGCACUGCUGCUGGGAAAUAGGAGGACAGGCAAUCAUCAUUUAAGGGCAAAGGUCAAGAAAAGUCUGAGGAAAGAGUAACACAUGCAGGAGUUAGGAGGAGGCUGCCAAAAUAAGAUAUGAAAACCUGUGCAUAUACAUAAAGGGGCUCACAGAAUUUGAGUUAAUCUGUUCAAGCACAAAUCAUUGGCAUCCUGCAUCAAAAUAUAUCCAUAACUGUCAAUUGAUGUCCUGUAACUGUUUACCUCAUACAUUUGGGUUGAACAGUGAAGAUUGAGCACAUGACAUGAAGGCAUUUUGUACAGUAAAUUCUCUCCGUUAUCUACUUGUACAUGUUGAUGAUGGUGAUAUUUUCCCACUGUUGAUGUUUGAGUGAGAAAUGAGCAUUUAAACCCAGUUAUUCAAGGAAAUGUGGGUUCAUAGCCUGGCUGUUCUUACCAUUUUGAUCAAUAUUAUAAGUCCCAGUUGAUAUGUCAUGCAGUCUUCCCACCCCACCGGAUCUUCUUGCAGAAAUACUGGUAGCCUCGGAACACAGCCAGAGUCAUGAGGAGGUGCCAUUUGUUUGGAACAGUGCCUCCAAGUAGACUGUAUGUGUAACCAUUGCAAUUUCUGCAACCAUGAUGGUUUAAGCAAGGAUCUCUAGUAGUCACUGUGUCUUGCACUAUGUGUAAAGCCUUCAUAUAAAGACAUGGAGUCAUACAAAAGGGGGCUCCACAUUCUCUUUGCUGAGCUAUAAGGAGGCCUUGUAUAUGCUCCCAGAAAUGACCACAUGGGGAACUGUGAUUCUAAAUUACUGUGGGAAUAGAGGUCCACAUCAUCACUUUGGACACCGUCGGCUUUAUAAAUGAAGGGUUACCUAGCAUAGCUGAUUAUAGGCGGAAGGUGCCCUCCAUGAACUACUCACCCCAUGUCUGGUAUAUGAUGCUAUAGAAAAGGAUCUUGAUUUCUCAUGAUAAGUUUUUGGUGUGGCACAGUUUUCAAGGGGUAGCUUUUCCAUAUUAAUAUUAAAUUGGUUACCCUUUCCCUUUAUUAAAAAAAAAAACCCGUGAGACCCGAAAUGCUAAAUUCUACCACAUGAGAGCAGAUUCAGCAUGCAAAAGCAGCAGGAAAAAAUUACUUUGCUUGUAACUUUAAUCAUGUCAAAAAUUAACGUGAGAAUUAGGCAUGGUUAGAAGUCCUGCUGAAAUUAGUGUAAGAUUGGUGUGAGAUUUUGAAAUGCAUUAUUUAUUAUUUUCUCAUUCACAAUGGAUAAUAUAAGAGCGGGGGAGCAGAGAAUAACAAGUACAGGGUUUUCUGGGUACUGCGGUAUUAUGAGUUCUGACAUUGCAUACCUCAGUGCAAAACAAGAAUGUAAACCAAAAUCAUGAAUGAACUUUGAUGAGGUAAAUUCAGUACUCAUCCUUUAUUUCAGAUGGCAAUAUAACUGUUGGCCUAGUUACGUCUGGUGGGGCCUCCUCACAGGGCCAUGACCCUCAAGCAACAAUUAUAAAAGGUUACAGAAUGGCUUGGCUGUGUCAAUUAUGAAUGCUGAACUUGACAUGGAAUUACAAUUGCAGGGAGCCUCAAUGGGCCAAGUCCAUUUUGGAAGUCCCUUGAAUUAACUGAUCAGAACUUUGCAUGGGGGCAAGGUGCUGCUCCAUGGAUACAUAUGGAUAUAAGCCUUUGUAAGCUGUUGUGAGCAACAAGGAAAAAAUUACCCACUUACUCAUUAUUUACUUCAGCUUUACAAUGGUGGUCUUCCUGUCUUUAAUGUAACAGUAUUAUAACAACAAUACUGGCUUUGUAUAUAUUGUGUAUAGAAGACAUUCAUUAUUAAUAACAGUAUUGUAGCUGAAUUGUUCUGUCUUUAUAUCUUCAGGACCUUUUUAGCUGUUUUCUACAUCAUCUGGAUGGCAGCCACAAGCUGAAACUGUAUAUAAAUGUUUUUGUACAUUAAAAAAGUAAUUUUUUCAUAA